AUGCCUGGAGUGCUACUCGAGAUGGAUGCUCCGGAUGUGCCUCCUCCAAAGGCGCCAGACCAUGGUUUUGUCGUAUCGCAUCAGACGGUCCACCUGGACAUCGAUUUCUCCACCCAAAGCUUGACUGGGUGUUGUGAGCUCAUUAUCCUGCCUCAGACCAAGGACCUGCGCACGAUCAAGAUCGAUGCCAGACAAUGCGCCAUUCAGGCCGGCACCGUCAAAGUGAACGAGAAGGCUGCAGAUUUUGCUUAUGAGGAUCCUAUGAAGCUUUUGGAGAUUCCGAAACAGUUUGACUGGAGCUCUGGACAUUUUGACUUGCAGAAAGACAGGCUGAAGCCGUUGACGGGGGACGCUGCUGGAGGAUCGCUAGUUGUCACCAUCCCGAAAGGUAUCAAAGUAGAAGAAGUGGAUGGGCUCUCCGAGAACUCUGCACUUGCUCCUACACCACGGGGCUCGGUAGCUCCUUUACGGUCAGCAUCUAUCGUACUUGAUGGAGUUGUACCCCUCUCAGCCACGUCAAAUCUCGCCCCGAAGACGGCUACAGAUCAAUCUCCGAGAUAUCAGCCUAUGACUGUUAGCAUACCAUUCUCCAUAAAACACUUCAGAGAUGGACUGCAUUUUGUGGGCUGCAGCGAGGCUGAUCAACGAUAUCCCCAUGUCUAUACAAAGCACUCGAUGGACCCAGGAGUUGCUUCUUGCAUUUUCCCCUGCGUUGAUGACCCGGCCUUGAGAUGCACGUGGGAUAUUCAUAUCACAUGUUCAAGGACUCUGGGAGGUGCUCUCAAGCGCCGUCCAGCUGUUAGACCUCACCACAAAGGGCUUCACCACCUUCUUGCUAAGAAAGGACUUACCAAUGGUAUUGUCCACCCUGUCGUACCUACAGAGGACCAUGAAGUCCCACUUAGUGAUGAGGAGAAACUCUUAGAAAUGACCGUCGUGUGUUCUGGGGAUUUGGAGUCCGAGACAACCGAUCUGGAGGAUGGCUCCAAGAAGACUGUAUCAUUCACUUGUCAGAGGAGUGUGGGUCCGCAACACAUUGGAUUUGCCAUCGGUCCUUUUGAGCAGGUUGAUUUAUCAGAGUUUCGCGAGGAUGAGGAUGAUGAGAAGCUUGGACAAGGACAGACUCUGCCCGUCUUGGGUUACUGUCUACCUGGACGCGCUGACGAGGUUCGACACACCUGCACACCUAUGGCUCAUGCUCUCGACCAUUUCCUCCUUGCUUACGGUGUCUACCCGUUCAACGAAUGCCGGUUUGUCUUUGUGGAUGAUCAGCUCAGAGACGUUGAACAUACAGCAUCUCUCUCAAUUUGCAGCACCCGACUCUUAUUUAGCGAGAAGAUGAUAGAUCCAGAAUAUGAGAACACCAGAAUCCUUGUCCACGCGAUUGCCAGCCAGUGGAUCGGAGUUUCAAUUAUUCCAGCUGAGAAGAGUGAUAGAUGGAUCACCAUCGGUCUCUCCCACUUUAUCACUGGACUCUUUAUGAAAUCUCUUUGUGGGAACAACGAGUAUUCAUUCCGUCAGAAGACCCUCUCAGACCGCCUUGUGGAGUUGGAUAUUGAAAGACCAUCACUUCAUGCUCUUGGCGAAACUCUGCACCUGGGACAGUUUGAGCUGGACUUCAUGACUCUGAAAGCUCCGCUUGUUCUCUUUAUUCUAGAUAAACGCAUCAUCAAAGCAUCAGGCACCUCCGGUCUUGCGCGUGUCAUAUCAAGAAUGGUUAUGUCGGCAAACACCGGCACUGUGGCUGAAAGUGUGGUCUCAACUGAAGGCUUUCGGAAAUCCUGUGAAAAAGCAACAAAGUACAGACAAACCGAACCUUUCUGGAACCAAUGGGUCUUAGGAGCCGGCUGUCCAAGACUCUCUAUAACCCAGAAGUUCAAUAAGAAGCGCUUAUGCGUCGAGCUAGCGAUUAGGCAGACGCAGGAUACACUUCCCUCUCAACGUAAGUUAAAGAAGGAGUCUUUUAUGCGAGAGUUCAAGGAAGAUGUGCACGGAAUAUAUGCUGGGGAGUUACAGAAUGCGUUUACGGGUCCAAUGACAAUCCGAAUCCACGAAGCAGAUGGUACACCUUAUGAGCAUGUUGUGGAGAUUCGGGAAGGCUACGCCAAGUUCGACAUUCCCUACAAUACCAAAUACAAGCGAUUGAAGCGAAACCGCCGCCAAAAGGAGAGGAUGAACGCUGGCGCAGUGGAUCUGAACGCAGAAGGGGGUGAGGAUGCUCUCUACUAUUGUCUAGGAGAUGUUCUUCAGUCUCCUGCCGAAAUUCAGGAUUGGUCAUUGAAUGAGUGGGACCAAGACACUGAGGCAAAGAUGGACCAAGAGUCUUACGAAUGGAUCCGAGUUGAUGCAGACUUCGAAUGGAUUUGCGAAAAGACCUUCCUCUCGAUGCCGUCCUACAUGUACGUGUCCCAACUGCAGCAAGACCGAGAUGUCGUUGCUCAACAAGAGUCAAUGCUCUUCUUGAAGAACCAGGCGCCAUCUCACCCACUCGUAUCCACAUUUCUGAUUCGUACAUUGAUGGAUACCCGGUACUUUCACGGCAUCCGUGUCAUGGCUGCAGAGCAAAUGCACCGACACGCAACUGAGGUUUGCAGCUGGGUGGGAUUCAAACAGCUCAAAAAGGCUUAUCAAGAAUUUUUUUGCUAUCCUGACACGACGAAGAUGCCUCGACCGAACGAUUUCAGAGACAAGCGAGCUUACAAGAUCGAAAUGGCUAUUCCAAGAGGCCUGUCUCGGAUUCGAGACGAGAAAGGGCACUGCACAAAGACUGCCAGACACUUCCUUCUUGAUAUGCUACGCUUUAACGACAACUCUAACAACGAGUAUGUCGACUACUUCAAGAUUGCAAAUCUCUUGACCUGUCUCACCGACUCGUUGAUCCCGUCAGAGGAUGCAAAGGACGUGAAUGACGAGGAAUUGGACGACCGCGAACCCAGAGAGUUUCAGGAAAAGGUUUUCAGCGAGCUCGAUCGAUAUCGGAACAUGGAUGAGUGGGCAAAUUCUUAUCAGAAUAUCCUGACUGUUACUGCCUUGGAUUGCAAAUUUCGACUGAUGAAAGCUAAGAUAAUGCCAGUUGACCCUCUCCAGUUUGCUCGAUACUUGCACGACGGGACAUCGGACUUUGUUCGUAUCAAGGCAUUUGAUUGCUUGAUCCAACUCGGAUACAUGACAAACAAGUCGGUGGCAGCAUUGCUUCUGAAUCACUUGAGCACAGAUCCCUCCCCUUACACUAGAGAACAUCUAUGGGGGACUCUCUGUUUUGGUCUGGCGACUAUUGCAUUUGGGGAGGAUAAGCCUGCUGAUCCUGUUGGUGGCUUGAUUGUGGAGCAGGACGUGAAUCUAGAUGCACGAAAAGCCCAAAUCGCACGGACUACAACUAUUGAAGGAGCUUUAGCGGCACUGAAGCAGGAGCUUAAGGACAACUCUAGCUUGAAGGACGCCUUGUGGAAGUCCAUCGAGUCACCAGUCAUCGAGGUGCACGAGCAAACAGAUCUGCUGGAUAUUUGCUAUGUUCUUUGCGAUGUCGAGGAUACUUGGGUCAUUAAAUUACAGUAUCCCCUCUACUGGGAGGUCCAUCACCUGGGCAAGGUAUAUCUUAUCUGUUGAUCCUUUCUUUUCCCAAAUACUAACAUUCGCAGGGCAUUCUGUCUUUCAAGAAGUCACCACUCAAGCUUAGGAUGAGGCUACCUAAGCCCUUGGAGGUGAUAUUAGACCCGAAUAAGCC